AUGUACAAACUGUCUCAUAUCAUCGACGCGACACGAGAAAAUCUUGACGCGGCCGACUCACCUACACGCCAGCCGCACUCCCCAUUGACUAUUAAUACCUCCGCGCCGGCCUCACCUGCCAUCUCUUUGUUCUCCGCAGCAGGCCACAAUCGGGUCUCUAGCUCUGUCUCUUCCCUUGUCUCUUCAUCAGGCCUGGGAAACUCAAUGGACAGUCCCAGUCGGAGUCAUUUGACUGGAGUCAAAGAAGAGGAAUGCACACGCGACUCGUUGGAAGAUCACUAUUUCCGUAUGUGUCAAUUGCCACCGCAAACAUUCCUCGGAGAGAUCGCAGUUGCUAACAGGGGCUUUUCUACAGAACACUUCGAUCACGACACGUCUGCAGAAGAGUCGUAUUUUUCCCCCGUCCUUAACUCAGAUAGCUACGAUCUGAGCGUUACUGGCGUAGAGACUGCCCAAUCACUCGAGAAAAGACGAUCAGACAGUGUCUCAUUAAAGGGUGUCUCGCGCAUCAACUCGCACAUCUCGACCAUGUCGGCACGGUGGAAAACCAAGCGAUCCUCCAGUGGCGCAGAAGGUGAUGUUUUCCCAGAUAAUCUACGAUCGCGCGCGAACUCGGCAGCAUCCUCCGCCUUGGCAAGCCCCAUCCCUGGUUCCAUGCCUGUGAGCCGUGCCGACCCUAUCCCCCCUUCUCCUGCGCGAACGAUCUUCGAAGAGCGCGCAAGCGAGUCUGGCGUGCGUCCAAUAGACAUCACCCGAGCGAACAGUCUUAGCCAGGACGACAACGAUGUGCAGAAAGCGACAACCCCUCUUUUGCCACCUUUUAUGGGAGACGACCCAAUGAGCGUCGCAGCAUCUCGCGUGCAGUCACCCCUGCAGUCUCCAUCAGUCGCAGACGUGAGCGAACCACACUACAUCCACAAUGUGACUUCAGAUCCGCGGUUUAUGGGGAUUCUUCCCUCGCCCCCUCUCUCGUCCAAGCCUUCUGUGGCUUCAUUCAACCGGCCGCGGGCUAGUACCGUGCGCACAAUUUCAGGCGAUGUAACGCCCCUCGUCCUCUCCGAUCCCAAUGACGAAUGGGCCAACAAACUCGGCCAUGCCAACUUCAAUAUCACGCCUGAGCCUUACGACCCUGUGGUUUGCGACCUCGACCAUUUUCAGCAGAUGCGGGCAGACUGGGACAUUGCGCGUUGCAACUUUGCCAAGCACCUCGUUCGCACGGGUGAACACUACGGUGUCACCUCCAACAUCUACAAGCUUACCGUCGAGAAAUGGGAGUCGAUCAACUGCGAGUGGGCAAUGCAACACGGGGCCAUGCUCGAACAGCUUAGUGCGAUAGAUGGUGUUGCUCUCACGCUCACUCAGUCUAAUAUCCACCCUUGCCAGCAAGUCCGCAUCCCGCGUCUUCACAACAACAAGUUCCCCGAGAUGGGGGAUGAAGACAUUGUCGGCCCUAUGACUGUAGCACCGGCUACAGAAAUUGCAGGUUCCUGCCGUUCGGAGAAAAAGAGGAAUUUCUUCCGCUUUUUCCAGGACUUGGUCUCCCGACCUUGA